UGCACCGAAAAGGAAAGGAAAAACAACAGCAACACUCCACAUUCCCUGAGUUCCCUGGUAAUGAUUUCCAAGGGGAAAGACUAGGACUUGGGCUGCGUCUGUCGGAGGGGAAGUCGCUCUAGAGUACAUUUUUGUUGUUAUUUAUCAAACCAGACAUCCCUCCGUGGGCACACUGCCGAGACUUAGGUAACUGUGUAAUGUGAUAAGUGUUUUUAUGAGUUAUGCAAAGACACAGCGCUUUCCUGACGGCCGGAGCAACGUAAUUCGCGACCUUGUCCGGGCCCGGGUUCCCGGCUCGCGCUGGGCGGUGUCUCUGCCCGAGCUCCGCGCGGCCGCAGGUGAGUCCUGCGCGCGCCCCGCUUUCGCGCCUGCGGGAGGGGCUGGAGCGGAGGCGGAGGACUGGCCGGGGGUGGCGGUGGGGGACGGAGAUCCGGGCCCGACUGCAGCUUCCUCCGGGGGGAGCCGCAUUUCCAGCCACGUCCGCAGCCCUGCCCUCGCGCGCCGAGCCGUUCCCGGCCGUGCCGCCUGGAGGCGCGGAGCCCGCCCGGCUCGCCCAGCCCUGCAGCUCCGGCCGGGGCGGAGGCCGCCGGACCGCGGAGAUGCGGGGCGGGGGCAGGGCGCGGGGAAACAGCAAGAGAUUGACUCCAAAGAUGCUAUUAUUUUGCAUCAGUUUGCAAGACCUAACAAUGGUGUCCCCAGUUUAUCUCCUUUCUGUUUGAAAAUGGAAACUUAUUUAAGGAUGGCUGACUUACCCUAUCAGAACUAUUUUGGUGGAAAGCUCUCUGCUCAAGGGAAAAUGCCUUGGAUUGAAUAUAAUCAUGAAAAAGUUUCUGGGACAGAAUUCAUAAUUGACUUUCUGGAAGAGAAACUUGGAGUGAAUUUAAACAAAAACCUUGGUCCUCAUGAAAGAGCCAUCUCCAGGGCAGUGACUAAGAUGGUGGAGGAGCAUUUCUAUUGGACCUUAGCUUAUUGCCAGUGGGUGGACAAUCUCAAUGAGACCCGGAAGAUGCUCUCUCUUAGUGGUGGCGGUCCCUUCAGUAACCUGCUGAGGUGGGUCGUGUGCCACAUAACGAAAGGAAUCGUGAAACGCGAGAUGCACGGCCACGGCAUUGGCCGCUUCUCAGAGGAAGAGAUUUACAUGCUGAUGGAGAAGGACAUGCGGUCUUUAGCAGGGCUUCUGGGUGAUAAGAAGUACAUCAUGGGGCCCAAGCUUUCCACUCUAGACGCCACCGUCUUUGGACACUUGGCACAGGCAAUGUGGACCUUACCCGGGACGAGACCUGAGCGGCUGAUAAAAGGUGAGCUGAUCAAUCUUGCCAUGUACUGUGAGAGGAUAAGGAGGAAAUUCUGGCCUGAGUGGCACCAUGAUGAUGACAACACCAUCUAUGAGUCCGAGGAGAGCUGUGAAGGCAGCAAAACGCAUACGCCCCUGCUGGAUUUCAGCUCUUACUCAAGGACAGAGACCUUUGAAGAUGAGGGAGCAGAGAACAGUUUUUCCAGAACCCCAGACACGGAUUUCACUGGACACUCGCUCUUUGAUUCUGAUGUGGACUUGGAUGACUACACAGACCAUGAACAGUGCAAGUGACAUUCAGCCUUGCUGACCCUCCUCUGUUGGAGCUGCCAUUCCCUGGGGUCAGUCCAGUUUCCCAGGUAGAAGUCCAUCCGAGCUGGGAGGAGAUCUUCGUGCUUGACACAGUUCUCACAAGCUAACUGGACUAGAGCAGCCUUAUUUCUUUUUUGUACAAACAAGACACAGAACCAUUCCGAUGGCUCCAUUUAAAACAAACAGGCAGAAGAAAAAGUCAGCAUGGUUCCUGAAACCCACUUUUGUUUUCAUUAGAAAACUAAGAUGGUGUGGUAGAGCAGGUGCAAGAGCAGGUUGUCCACAGAUGGUGUGUACAUCGAUCCCCUGCAACCCGAGGGCUUAGGUGCAAGAUGGAUUCUUGAACAUCCUUCAUCCAGCAGGGUUCAAAGUCAGGAGAGAUGUCAUCAGAAGGAAUGUAGGAGAUAAAUGUUCUAUGGUGGCUGCUUGUUAUUUCCUGUGUGUAUAUUGUAUGUUGAGAUAUAAGUCAAAUAAAAUCCAUAGAUAUUCAGUGAACACCUACUAUGUGCGAAGCACUGUGCUAGGUGCUAGCCAGUAUGAGUUUUUUCCUAAGCCCUGCCAGUGGCUAGCUGUGUGAUUCUGGGCAAGUCCCUUAAUUCUUGUGUGCCUCAUUUCCCUCACCUGUAAAGUGGGGGUAACAAUAGUCCCCGCCUACCUACCUCACAGGGGUGUUGUGAGGAUUCAUGUGGUAACAUACGGCGCUUUAAACCUCUCGGAAGAGGUGUGACAUAAACACAUUUUAUUCUUUAAUGUGCUUCGUGUGUGUGGAGAUUGGAGGGCAAAGGAAUUCCACAUCUAGGCAACAGCGGCCACAGUCACUCGCCCAAGCGGAGCCAAUGGAACACACAUCAAGGCACAGUUAGGACUCUGUCAUCAUCCUCUUUGUGACCUUGCUUGAAUCGAAAUCUUUUGUUCAAAGAACCUUGGAAAUGUUUCUACAGAUCAUCAACAGCUACAAACAGUCUUCAAUUCUACUGUACGUUUGCAGAGAAGCCUUUCUUUCGUUGCCUGGACGCACACUGGAACCUUGUCCUUUGUUGAUUCUGGAGUGUUAAGUUGCCUACGUUUGGUUUACUUGGGGGAAUAAAGCUCAGGAAUAGGAUGGAUUUAAUAGUGGUGAAAGGGAAAGGAUUUGACUGAUUUUUGUAAGCAGAAGCUCGCCAACUUGUAAUGUCUUUUUUGAAAACAAACCUUGCAAGAUGUAUUGGAAAGAUGAAGUAGGAAGAGGAUCAUUGUAACGGGUAGCAGAGCACUUUGUGCAGUGUGGACCCUAUGCAGUUUUAUUAACACAACUUUUCUGGUGUUCUCAGCCAUUGUCCGGCGAGGGGAAGGCAACGCUGAGGAAAAUCUUAAUGUUUCUUAAGGAUUUUUCCUCCCCUCCCCGUCCUCUCUCUCCCUCCCCAUAGAGCCCCUGAACUCUUGCGGUUACUGUGUUGACUGAGGCACUCCAUCUCUGAAGACAUAGUUUUGGUUGACUUAGAACAUUUUCUAGUGAAAUAUGGGUUGAAGAUCCUAGGGUGAUGGCUGUGGAUUUGGGCUUCUGACCACAACUGACUGGGGAAGGGUUAUUCCUUAAGGGGUUAAAGAGGAACUUCUUAAAAGACAGCGUCUUCUGGUAAGUUCACGUACUUUACUUGAAAAAGACUCUCUUUGAAUAUGGUUUUGACAAAAUAGUCCUAAAAUGCUUUGGAUUCACAAAGAAGUAAAAGAGGGAGAGUUUUUGAGGUUAUUUACCAUUUAAGCAACAGGGUAGGGCAUAUGUAACUGGGAAGAAACGCUGAAAUACCCUAAGCUAGACACUUUUAUUCCACAGAAAACUCAGUUGUUAAUAUCUUAUUAAAGCCCUUCAUCUUUUGAGAGGACUGUUCGAUGACUAAUAAGAAUGUGUUGGAGGAUGUAUGAAUGGUUAAGCCUGUUUUGUUUCCAGCAUCAUUUGGACUGUUCACCUCUCCUCUCUCUAGCUUAGUGUGUUGCAAGGCCAGCUGGUGGUAGUUCUGUGUGACAGGGAAGCUCCUGGCCUGAAAAUGUGAAUGUAGUGAACAGGUAAACUGUGGACCAAUCUCCACAAAGACUGAGUUCCCCUUUCCCCACCCUCAGCUGGAAAGAGUUGUGUUUGAAAUUUUGUCUACAGUUUAUUCUUCCUGUAUAGCACCAAGUGUGCUGUAUCUUCAAGCCAUGAAUGAUUAAGUUAUGAGUGUGUAGAAGUCACAGAUACUUUUUAUUGUGUGUUACUUGGAGGGCAAGUCCAUGGAGAGCCAACAUUCAAAGUGAAGUUGUAAGACCUUCAUUCAUUCUUUUCAGGAGCCUCCCGCAGGGACUUGAAUGGACAUUGCUGGAGUCCUGGGUACUCCCUGACAGCUCAUGACCGGGUAUUCAGCAUUUUGUAUGGGUAACUUGAUUAGGAACCCUAGAGUAGACCCAGGUUUUACUUUCCCAAAGUUGGUUAUGGAAACAAAAUGACCAAGACAAAACCCACUGUGGAGUGGGUGACUGAUGCACUCUUGAUUGGGAAGGCUUUAAUGUUCUGUGCUUCAUUCUAAAGCUAUCAAGGUUUGAAGUGUUCUCCAAGUUGAUGAACAGGUGCUACUUAUAAGAAAAAUAAGAAAUUAGGGGAUAUUUUGGUCAUCUGGCUUACUUGUUCAAGUUCUGUAUUUCUUUUUUACUGGAAGGUAACUUAAGGAAAUGUGAUCUUUAAUGGUAAUAGAUGCUUUGGGAUGGACAGAAGACCCAUGGGCUACCUGUUCUUUUUCUUACCUCUCACUGUAAAAUUAAAUUCUGCCCUUCUCUCCGCUUCCCUUUGCCUCACCCCACCCCUGUCUCCACUCAUCAGGAUGAAGGAGCAGCAUCACGCUUUGCCCUGCAUAAGCCAGAGUAGAUACAAGGAUGAUUUAAAUGUACACAGAAGUAAACGAUAUUGUCAGAGGUUCCCAUUUCUUGUUGUAACACUCAUGAGUUGUGAAUAGUGACACUACCAAGGCCACAUGCUACCCAGAUGACUGAUCACAGACUUAGAGCAACUGGACUUGAAUCAGAACUGCAGUCUGGUCCUCACGUGAGCCCUGCCUGUGUGCACUGAGGUAUGAGGAUAUGUGUUUGUGAAACAACUAGGGUUCAAGGAAAGGAAGCGUUAAGAGUUAUAGCCGUGGGGGUCUUGCCUAGGUUAUUUGAGAGAAAGUAUAGACUCAUAGAAAUGGAUAGCUGGGCCGUGGAUUCACUCUAGAAAGCCAUAUUUAUUUGGAGGACAGGCCCGGAACGGAGGUCUUUCACCUUGCCUUUUACAGGGUUCUUCCCAUUACAUCACCUUGACUUGGGUUCUUUUUAAAACCCACCUCCCCAAGAGGUCACUCCAUGUUCAUAGAACCAGCACAUCCCUAGUCUCUCUCUGACAGUGCUUGGAAUUCUCCACUCUUGUCCCCUGUAUCUCUUCAGCCUGGUCUAGGCCAAUUCAAAGGAUCUUUCUUCGGUAUCUACUCUGUGCAAGGCGCUGCUGGGCUCAGUGAAUGAUACCCAGAGGAUGUCCAAGUCACCAAGACUCUUCAUUCUCGGAUUAUAUCUUUUAAGGAAUCCAUGCCCAUAUGGUCUCUCACUGGAUAUUUAGUUACUCACUGGUGAGUUGAUAGCCACCUACCCUGUGCCUGGCCCCGGGAUCCACACUGGAUAUAGAUACAGUGGUGAACAGAACAGACGUGGCACCCUGGUUUUAGGGUAUUCUCUUUUACCUAAGCUUCUGUGUUAGCCUCUUUUACGUGCUUAGCCACUUCCCUGAUCCAUUCCACUCAUCACCACUAGAUUAAUAUUUCUAAAAAGCUCUAAUAGGGCACCGUAUUGCUCCAGGCUGAAGUAUUCCUUAGAGCCUGGUGUUCUCACCUCUUUCUUCACCUUGUUUCCUGGGGCUCCUCCACGUGGUCCGUCCAGUGCAUCCAAGCUGGUCCAUUUGCCAUUGCCUAGACAUGCCUCAUGUACCUGUGCUCAUGCCAGCCCUCUCCUGAAAUGCCUGCCCUUCCUCUCCACUGGCGCAAGUCGUAUGCACCUCACAAGGCCCAACUUGGUCAGUUCUGCAAGAAGAGGUCUCAGCUCAUUAUAAUCUCCCCUUCCUCUAGAAACACAGCUCCCAUCAUUUCCUUCCCUGAAGGCUGCAUGGGAAAGGUAUGCCCAGAAAGUGGGCCGUACACUAGAAAGUAAUGGUUUUUAAUUCUUUUGUCUCCAUUGAUAAUCUGAUUCAAGUCCUAUGCCCUAGUCCAAGAAAAAUACGUAUACGCAGAUAUAUGAAAUUUUACAUGUAAGUUCAGGAGAUUUAGAGACAUCUUGACAUUAUCCGUGGAUUCCUUAGGGGGUUCAUGGACUGCAGGUGAAGAAGCCUUCUUCUAAAGAGUCUUUAAAAGUCACUGUUGGGGCUUCCCUGGUGGCACAGUGGUUGAGAGUCCGCCUGCCGAUGCAGGGGACACGAGUUUGUGCCCCGGUCCGGGAAGAUCCCACAUGCCGCGGAGCGGCUGGGCCCGUGAGCCAUGACCGCUGAGCCUGCGCGUCCGGAGCCUGUGCUCCGCAACGGGAGAGGCCACAACAGUGAGAGGCCUGCGUACUGCAAAAAAAAAAAAAAAAAAAGUCACUGUUGUUUAGUGUUUGUUCUUGCUUGCUUUUAUCACAGCCAGACAGGAGACAAAUUGGAAUGGGAUGUGCAAGCAAAAGUGAUCUCUGUCAUUAUCCCCGCGGAGAGUGUGCUGAGUGACAGGGGAGGAGGAUAAGGCCUCUCACAUUAGUUGAGAAAAUAUCUUUGUUUUGACAAGUGUGGCAUUUUGAAAGUGACAGGGUUUCGUUGUCAUCGUCAUUGUCAUCUCCCUUCCGACCACCCAAAAAGUUGAUUUUGCAAAAUCAAUUCAGGGCCAGGGGAGCUUCCCUUCAGCCCUGAAACCCACCACUUCUGCUGACCGACCUGGGCUUAAGGUGGGAGAGAAGAUGCUGGAUUUUUCCUUACAGGAAAAAGUUCUACACAAUCAGGUUGUUCUGCAUUAAUUAAGCAAUUAAUUAAUUCUUAGAACAGUUGAGUGUAUUUUCAAUAAAAGGAUGGUGCCUUUUGUUGAUAGGGAACAACUCAGGUUCUUCCUCUUCUUCUUUUCCUUCCUCUUCUCCUUUCUCCUGACCCGCGCCCCCCCUUCUUCCUUUUUGUUUUCAGGGCGAAGCUCCUUUCGUAUGACCCAGGAUCCUUUGUUCUCCUUUAUAUGUAGUGCUGUUUAAGAUGAACACAGACUGAUGAAGGUACAUCAAUGACAAAUACUUCUUGAGUCUAAAUGCUGAACUCUGGCAACCCAUUUCUAACAGGUCCGGGAUCGACGGCUUGACCUUCCUUCACUUGCUUCUGGUGGUCUGGAUGCAACUUGCAAAGUUCAAAAGGACCCCUUGGUGGAUGGGACCCCUCCUCUGGCCGGCAAAACCCUUGCUAGUGCCAGGAGUAAAUGCAAAUGGAUGUGAGGCUUUCCUCAUUUAAAUUUCUUACCAGAAAUUUAGGUUUUUAGUCCCUGACUUUAAAGAAUAUCUUAAAGAUAUUUAAUAUUCUUUAGUCUUUAAGGUAACUGGAACCAGCAGCACAUUGGCCUUGCACCUUUGAGAAGGUUACAGAGAAUAUGAAAAAUAGCGUAAAGGGAAGCAAUUCACUGUUUUGGGGCUAACAGUGUGACCUUCUCAACCAUUCUGGCUCUUGCCAAAGCAAGGAACUUGCCCCCAGACCAAAGCUUCUCUGAAGCUUCUGCUGCUGGCUAGACCAUUAGGAUGGUCUCAGCGUUCAAGAGGAUUAUUGCCCCUAAUUGUCAAAUUUGUAGACAGUAAAGGGGACCAUUGCAAUAAUAAGACAACUUAGGAAUGUGGUCCAGCCAGCACCAGCACUCUUGAUUAUUUCCGUGGGGAAACAAGUUAUCUAGAGCAAAAGAUUAGUACAGUACUUCUGGUGUUCAGUACACAAAUAAUUUCAGCAAUUAACUUGAUGGCCUUCUUGAAUAUUUUUCAAUUGCUGUUGUUCCUAAUUACAGCUUUAAAUAUUUUGAAACAAUUCACUAACUAUAGAGCAAUAUAUAUUUAUGAUGAUAUUUCAUUUUAUGAAAAGUAGCAUUACUAAAUAUGACCAAUUCACCUCCUUCCCCCAUCCAUUGGCAAGCAUCCUUCCCCCCCCCACCCCACCCCCCGCUUUUUUUUCUGUUUUACUUUUAGCUCUAGAAUAGAGUAACUUUUAUUUAUCUGUAAAAUUUAAACCUUCUUUAGCAUUAAAAAAAAAAGUUACCCCAUGGCUUUAAAAACAAUAGGAUUUAGCUCCUGAAUUGUCAAGUUAAUCAGCAGUGGCUAAACAGAUGGCAGAGGGAAUGUGAUAUAAUUGGAGGCUAGAAAAGAGUAAUGCUUUGGGUAUUUACUACCUCCCUCCCUUAAAGAAAUACGACAAUCUAUGGACUUUUCUCUUUAAUAGUUGUUCAGAAUUGGAAGUGUUCUCUCAUAUCUGCUUCUAGCCCGCAACAAGAGAUCACAUUUGGCUUAUUAAAACAUCAACGAUGUCCAAAUGAUUGUAUUUUUACCUUUAACAAAUUAUAUCUGAAAUUUUUUGCAGCAAUAAGACUAAAGAUAAUGCUCAACUUUUGGAGGGAUCUCUGCUUCAGUAGGGGCAACAUGUUUGUGUUACUUCUGUCAAGAUGAUUUUACCUCGGGCUUCCCUGGUGGCACAGUGGUUGAGAGUCCGCCUGCCGAUGCAGGGGAUACGGGUUCGUGCCCCGGUCCGGGAAGAUCCCACGUGCUGCGGAGUGGCUGGGCCUGUGAGCCGUGGCUGCUGGGCCUGCGUGUCCGGAGCCUGUGCUCUGCAACGGGAGGGGCCGCUAUAGUGAGAGGCCCGCAUAUGGGGUGGGGGGGGGGGAAUUUUACCUCAAGUGAUCAGUCUCACAGGAUCAUGCUUAUUGUAAACAUGUUUUUUCCCAGCCAUCUGUAUCCUGCUGAGUGUCUGACAACUCCACCGUUGAUGAGGGUGACGGUUCCUCGAUGGUGGUGAUUGAAAAGAUGAGGGUCCGAGUCCUUCAUCUGGUGGUAUUUGAAUUUCACUGAGUGGUAGGAGAGAAGGAAUGAUGAACAGAUACUGGGGCUUCAAGCAACCACGAGGUGUGGCUGUGUUAGAGAUGUGUCAGGCACACUGAACGUUUUCUGGGUGGUGGCAUCUUACUAAAACCAUCCAAGGGACUACGGGUUUAAAUCAGAAACAAAUGCAGUCUGUAGGGAAGGAUUGUCUGUGAAUAUCCUGUUCAUCUUUGUCCUGGUUUCUGGCUUGUUCUCCCGGUUUGCCCCACCUGAGGCUAGGCCUGGGAACUGGAGGAGUGGUCCCAGGGUGUUCACUCCUUUGAUUCUGGAACUUCCUUCUAGUCUCUCAGAAGUGUUUGUGGCAUAUAGUUGCCAUUUUAUGAUAGAAAAUGUACAGAGUAUAUUUGUAUAUUCGUUUUAUAGAAGACCUUUAAAUGUUUAGAGACACCCCAAAGGAUCCCUAUAUAGGCAGUGGGCUCCAAACCUUUGUGUCACUGACCUCAUCAGUAAAACUAUCUGAGCAUGCCCUGCAACUUAUUUAUUUAUAAACACACACACACUGCUCUACGGAUAUGUUAUAUACAUUAAAAACCAUAGCAAACAUAGAAAUUUACAAAGAAUAGUCUCUACUCAAUAGAGUUUAGAGUAUGGGGCCAGGAAGGCUUAGGCGUAGCACCCAGAAUGUGGCAGUUGGUAACGUUGGUGGGAAAAUGGAUGUAAAAUAGGCAUGGACGCAUGAUUUUAGGUCAAGGUUAUUCAUUUAUUCAUUUAAUCUUUUUUUUUUUUUUUUUUUGGCCAUGCCGCACAGCAUGCGGGAUCUUAGUUCCCUGACCAGGGAUGGAACCCGUGGCCCCUGCAGUGGAAGCGUGGAGUCCUAACCACUGGACCUCCAGGGAAUUCCCCAUUCAUUCAUUCUUAAAACAGGCAUUUUUGGUUAGGAGAAGAAAAGAGUGAAUAAUUAGAUAUGACGUUUAUAAGAGCUCUUUUAAAUUCUGUUUUUGGGACCACUUGAUCUAGAACGUCUUGUCAAUUCCUGCAAGAUUUCCCAGGACACUGAUUUAAGCAAAACAAGAAAAGAAAGGAGGGGAAAAAUCCCCAUUAAUGCAGAUGCUGGCUCUAAUACCUGAGAAUUUCUGAAUCUGAAAAGCAAGUUUUGAUAAUUCCUGGUAAUCAUCAUCUCACUGAUUAUGUGUCUUUUUUCUUUCCUUCUUUCUUUUAAUAGAUCUUUAUUGGAGUAUAAUUGCUUCACAAUACUUAGUUACUGCUGUACAACAAAGUGAAUCAGCCAUAUGCAUACGUAUAUCCCCACAUCCCCUCCUUCUUGCGUCUCCCUCCCACCCUCCCUAUCCCACCCCUCUAGGUGGUCGCAAAGCACCGAGCUGACCUCUCUGUGCUAUGCAGCUGCUUCCCACUAGCUAUCUAUUUUACAUCUGGUAGUGUACAUAUGUCCAUGCCACUCUCACUUUGUCCCAGCUUCCCCUCCCCCCACCCCACGCCCUUUCUUCUAUUUGUUUAUUACCCUGUGUCUCCAAACGUGUGGAAGAUGUACAGAUUUAUUUUCAGAUAUCUGAGAUAGGAAGGACCAAUGUUGGUGUGAUUCAAACCCACAUUUCAGCUGCUAGGGGGCUGAUGGGUGGACACUGCCUGGAAAACAUUUACCUGCCCCAUCUGUUUUGCGAACACAAUGAAUAGCAUCUUGCUGAACGAGGGCCUCGACGUGGAGGUGUUUAUUUCUGGACCUAUGAGUUACUUUAGCAGUUAUUGUUAGUAGUUUAUAAAGCCAUAUUUAAACUUGUACACUUGACUGUAAGAUAGAUUGGAAUUGUGCACUAUGUUGAUUACUGUAUAUAAAUGUGGAAAUUCUGUAUAUUUGGUCUUAAUGCUGUAUGUAUUUGAUGUGUAAAUGAUAACUAAUGGAUAUGAAA